CGCCCUUUUGGCCUUUCGUCUGACAGCCGACCACGCCCACUCCCCGCCCCUCAUCUCCCGCCUACUCUAGGCCUCCCCUCUGGUCUGGUCGCGGCCGGAGCCCUGGGAUGAGCAGCACGAGAGACCGCGGAGGAGCCCGGGAUUAUCCGGUGUCAGACACAGAGGAAGGAUCCGGCCAAGGCUCGUAGUUCGGGGGGUCAGAGUGGUCGGACUUGUUACAGGAGAAGCUCCGGGUAGAUAAAGGGGCUGAUGUGCUUAUAUUGUGGGGGCGGCAGUACUAGUGGGGUACAGAGUAAUUAUAGGGGGAUCAGUGCUGGGCGAGAGGGAGACUGCAAGUUCUGGAGGGUCGACGACCCAUUGGACUAGGGUAGGAGGGAGGAGUUACAAGAGGUGGCACUUACCUGCGGGGCUGAUAUAGGUGGGUAUCUAUGGGCCGCACUCAUUAUUAUUGUUGGGGUUCUAUUGAGUCAUUGGGGUCCCCCAGGCCUGUAGGGGGUCAGAGAGUUUCAGGGGAUCCCAUUAGAUCCUACAGGGAAUGUCCCACUCCCAGACCUGCUCCUGUUUUUCUGAAUGGAGGAGACCGGACCAUCCUCAGCCCCCCUUAACUUUUAUAUGGACUUAUGAGACCCCCACUCCCUCCAUCCACUCCGGAAACCCCAUUAUUCUGCUUGUCUGAUCCGUCUGGUAUGUGAUCACUUCUCUGAUAUGGAACCCGAUGGAGACUCAGAAUUGGGGACCCACAGUGACGUCAUCCAUGGACUCACCCCCAACUCCCAAGGGACUGGCCGCCUGCGCCCCUCAUCCUACCGGGCCCUGCGUAGCGCCGUCUCCAACUUGGCCCGUAUUGAUGACUUCUACUGUGAGAAGAUCGGAUCUGGAUUCUUCUCUGAGGUCUUCAAGGUGCGACACCGACAGUCGGGGCAGAUCAUGGUGUUGAAAAUGAACAAGAUGAUGAGUAACCGGGGAAAUAUGCUCCGAGAGGUGCAACUCAUGAAUCGACUCUGUCACCCCAACAUCCUGCGGUUUAUGGGAGUCUGUGUGCAACAAGGACAGCUUCACGCUCUCACUGAGUACAUUAACGGGGGGAAUUUGGAGCAGCUCCUACAAAGUGCCGAGCCCCUGCCCUGGGGUGUGAGGGUGAAGCUGAGUCUGGACAUCGCCCGAGGUCUCCGCUACCUGCACUCCAAGGGGGUCUUCCACCGAGACCUCACCUCCAAGAACUGCUUGGUGCGCUGUGAGGAGAGUAAAUACUCGGUUGUUGUUGGAGAUUUCGGCUUGGCAGAGAAGAUUCCGGAUCACAGCCAAACGGAGCCGCUGUCAGUGGUGGGAUCCCCUUAUUGGAUGGCGCCUGAAGUUCUUCGUGGGGAGUUGUACAAUGAAAAGGCAGACGUCUUUGCAUUUGGGAUCAUCCUGUGUGAGAUCAUUGCCCGGAUUCCAGCCGACCCCGAUUAUCUUCCCCGCACUGAGGAUUUUGGGUUGGACAUCAAGGCAUUUCGGGAGCUGGUGUCGUCGGACUGUCCCUCUUCCUUCCUGCAGUUGGCAUUUCAUUGUUGCAGGAUGUCCCCAGAGUCCAGGCCUUCCUUCAGUGAGGUGAGCCAGCGGCUGGAGGACUCGUUAGAAAACAUGGACAGGAAGAAAGUGAUUCCGCCCCUUCAAUCAACCAAUAGUCUGGAGGAUGAGAUAAUAAGCCCCUGGAACGGAAGCCAAAGCUCUUUGCACUCAAACAAUCAGCAGCAAGCCUGGGAUACUCCAACCCCACCUGAUCAGCGCCUGUCGCGUAGCCAGUCGGAUAUGUUCUCACCACAACCUCAGGACCCUUAUGAUGACCUUCUGCAUGACACCCCUGCACGGGUCAACCCCUUCUCCCAACGAGAGGAUCUAAAGGGAGGACGCAUUAAGCUGUUUGACACCCCAAGCAAGUCGGUCAUCUCCCUGACGUUUGAGCUUCCUCAACCACUAACCUACCAGAUGAACACACCAGUUACCCCUGAGCCUAUCAUGGAAGCUCAGUGUGACUUUUCAGAGCCAACAGCAAGACCUCGGCGUUGUAGGUCUCUCCCUUCAUCCCCUGAGAUCUGCCGUAAGGGCAGCCCUGGCACUGGUGGGACCCCUUUACAACGGCCAGUCCAGUGGACAUCUGAGAAAAGGAACAUAAAGAGCAGGAAACUAAUUUCUGUAAAUUCAGUGGAAACCCAUACAAACACACCGAAAAUAAAUGGUGUUUCACAGGAACCACAUAAAAGGUUAGAGGACCUGCCAAGUGAUUCCCAGCAGUCUAUAGGAGUCAAUCCUUCCAGCAAUCUGAAUUUUAAUGGAGAUAUGGACUCUCUGUGUGGGGAAGAUCAGUCACUUUUACAGGCAAGUGUAACAUCUGAGGAUGAUGGAAUGAAAAAUGGACAAGCAUUAAAGAGUGCUAGUGGGAAAACUGUGGACUCUGUGGAGGAGAAGUGUAAUGGGGAUCCGUUUACAGUAAAUCCGAUCCCCCCGAGGACGGACCAUGUGUGGGGAAAUGAGAAUUUAGUCACACCAGAGAGAGACCAAAAGUGGAUUGUUGGCACUUUAUCUCCAGAACAUGAAUCCCCACCAAAUUCUCACCAGGACAGAAAUGGGGAGUUGAACAUGCACGACCCGGAACUGACAGAAAGUUUCCCCUGUAUAGAGCUACCUGAGACAGGGGAACCAAUGGACUGCUCCAGUAGCCCGGAUACCACAGAAGAGAACACCUUCUGCAAGAGACCAUCGUGGCUAAGGUCCAACGGGCCAAUUACAGCACCCUCCCCUCCUUUGCAAUCUUCCUUAUCUUCGACUCCCUCGUCUUCCCGCUCUCCCUCUCCACCCAUCAGCACAUGGCAGCAGGAGCCGUCAGUAGCCCAUAACAGACUUCAGCUUUCAGACAACAACAAUGUGGUGUGCAGCAAGCCUCUGGGGUGGGUUGGUUCCCCCCGUUCUCUGGGAUCUUUAGAAGGAAACUUGUGGGAGGACAGUUUGCCUGGUUUGGGUUGUGAAGGAGGGGAAAGUGGCAGCACAGCUCCCCUCCAUGUUUCUUCCAAUUCUGUUUUGGACCAUGAAGAAACCGUCACUUGCCCAGCUUGCUGCCUGGGGGGCUUCAGCUUCAUAUCGGUUUGUCGUCGGACUCCUCCUGACUCUUCUUGCUAUCAGAAUUUGAACUGUGAGGCGAGUCGAGGGCUAAUAAACACAGCCCCAAGAACCAGUACUCCGAGGCAGGGGCCCAGCAGGAAGAUUCCUGAAGCUCAAACUUAAGGGCUGGGGACGGUUCUAAGGGGAGGCUUUGCUUUUGGGCUUAACGCAAUAUCUUGUGAAUAUCUCAGCAAAAAGCAUGACAAUAUACAUGAGGGUUGUUUACAAAUAUGCCGCUGUAAUCGUUUAUCUUAUUAACUUGCCUGUCUGAGCUUUGGGAAUUUUCUUGGGUCUUUAUCUUGAAGUCACUGAUACCCUGAAACAAUCCAUGCGGGGGGCUCCACUCUGAACCCAAGAUCUGCCACCUUGAAGGCUCAUACUGGCGACACAUGCGGCACGUACAGUUAUCAGGCCUAAUUUAAUAACAGCCGUAUCUGUGACCAGCUUGGCCACACAAGUAGUGAGUAGACCGUCUUGCCCAUGUGAACAUCACUAAGGUUUUCUUGCACGGCUGUUCAUGUGGCAGACACCUUUGGUUAAUUUUCCCAAUUCCCCGUGAGACGCAUGACUAGAGCAUAUAACUAACAGUGUUUUACUACAAUGCUAACUACUGAAAACUGAAAACACGUCCAUAUGAUGAAUUUAGACUUAACCUUGAGGGCUCCUACCUAUUUAAUAUUCAUUUAGAUGAGCGGCCUCUACGGGAUGGGCACGUUGGUUAAUCGUGUAGGAUCAAUACCUUGACAUGUCUUUUUGAAAUAUUGUGUUUUUAUGAUGAGAAAUGACUACUGUAUAUGAGACGAGUUCUCUCGCAAAUUCUAUUUUUCUAUAUUUAUUUGUUCUCUGAUUAUUUAAGUAAUUUAAUGUUCGACUUUAGGCGAUUGCUCUUUGGAUCUAAAUUCAGAAGCUGUUGGAAUGUAUACAUUGUGUUCAAGGACCAUGUCGAGUUAUAAACUCCUACUGUAGCCAUCUCUGCCAAAAGAUAACACAAGGACGAUAUACCAAACCAAGAGGUGGGAGGAGUCAGUGGGCUCCCCGGUUACGGUGCCUGUUUACAGAGAAUGGCACUUUCUUAUAUCGCACAAUGUUACUCUAAUGCAUCUUCCUGGAGGCAAACCAGGACUUGUGUCAUAGAUCAAGGGGAUCUUUGAACCUACAAUGGUGUGGCUUGUAAGAGAAUUCAGAAGGUGCUCAAGGAAAGGUUGAAUUUGUAUUUUCAGUACAGUCAGGUAAUAUCCCUUCAUUUAUGGUUCUCCAGCCAUGGGGCCAGAGGUUGGACAUCCCACCGCUAAUCCAGAUGUAUCACAGAAGCAUAGUUGUAUGCAGUUGUUUCUUCUUUGUCCAUGUCUAGUUUUUGCUGAGAUUUGCUGUAUUAGAAGUGCUGCCUAGGCCUGGGGCACCCUCUUUUACUUAAAGAAGCACAAUGGUGGAGAGGCAGCUCGGUCCAUGGCAGGAAACUUAUUGAUCUGCCCCAAACUAUGGAAAGCUCAAACAAUUUGUCAGUGGUUCCAAAGACAGCGAAAGAUUCCUGGAGGCAAUUGCACCGUAAUCACCUUAGACUCUCUGCAGUGAUCGAUCCUCCUCAGGUCUUACAGAGUGAAGGACGAGAGGAAGCUCCUGGGUAACAUUUCCCAAGGUCUGUGUAUUGAUUGGGAUUUGUUUGCAGCCUGUUUUGUUCUUGGGAGGUUCUUGGGUCAGUUGAGGGAGUCACAACCCAGCAAGCAGGAGAUGGUCAAACCCUAGGGAGACAAUCCUUCUUUAAUAACAUAUGCAGCCAUCGUCUUUAUCCCAUAACAAGAAACUGAACCCAACGGCGCUCUUCUUUCAUGGCUUUUUGUAAUUUAUACCUAAAUAAGCACUUUAAUAUAAAUAACUAAUAUGUACUGCAGCCUCCAUUGUUCAUAUGAAGCACUUUAUAUCAGUCCCGUCUCGGCCACUAAGGAAGCCCGGCUGUGUUUCCCAUGUCUGAGAGCCUGCCAUUGGCUGCUUGCUCUUUUGGCCCAUUAAAGCACUUUAUGCACUGCCAGGUUUAUCCUUUGCUCUUCUCCUUCUUCUGACACUUUGGGUGAACAAUAAGCACUUACUGGGACACAUUCAGCUGCUUUGCCUGGUGUGGGGCAGCUCUAUGGCGGCAAGUGGGGGUGAAUGCCUAUUACUUUGUAUAUAGCUGCAAAAAAGUUAAAAUUCUGUAUGUUUAACAUGAAUGUCCUGUGCCCCCCACACUUGCAGCCAAAUGAGAGAUGUGCAUGGUUUAGACUAUUUACAUUCAGGUUUAUAGAACACACGUAGUAUGAUUAUAUAACCAAAUAUAUUCUACACCUUCCACUACAUGUUUUUUUUUCCUUUACACCAAUAAAUCACUUAUUUCUACAAGAUGAUUGGUUGGGCACUGCAGGAACAUGGAGGAUAGGGCACAUGGUGGAACUUGCUUUGAUCAGGCGCUGGGAAGUUUGCUGAUGUAGCUGAUCUAAUUGGGGGGGGGGGGGUCAUUUGGAAUAUCUUGGGCCCCAUUUGGCCCAACUAACAAAAGCCCUGGCACAUCAAUAUCCAUGUCUGUCUUACAAUAACACAACUGCACACCUGUAUUCCCAUAGCUGUAUGGGCCGUUUCUAUUCAUUUCUGUAUAUGUCCCCUAAUCAUCAUCAUUAUCAAUACAACUUCAACUGCUUUUUGUGCCUGAUUUCUGUUCUCAACCCCAAAUUUAAGCAUGUGGGGUCUGCAUCCCCAUACAUUUCCCAUCAGUGCAUUUGCACAUGGAUCCCUCAAAAACAUCACUCACGUGGGCACCAUGUAGACAUACAGAGCAAUAUGGAUGUAGCCAUUGGCAACCAAUCUUUCCUAUGCAAUGUAGUACUGUAGUAAUCAUUUUCCACCAAUAAACUCAACAAUGACUCCCGCAUGCUGCUGACUGCCCCAUCCCACCAGUGGAACCAUGGCUGGGUCACUAAUGCCCUCCUAAUACCUUUCAUGACGUGCGGCAUCUUUAAGCUUUAAUCACAUGCCAUACUUUGGGCCUUCAGAGAGAUCACACUUUCCCAUGUGAGGCACCUGAAGCUUCUCCCUCCAUCCUCAUUCUUUCUCUGGCUUCUGCUCUUCUGCAUGCCAAUGGCAGUGCUUGUGCAUCUCCUCACUCAUGGGCCUCCUAAUGCACCUUGUGCUAUAAACAUGGCCUCAUUCCAUUCUAGCGCCAAAGAAAUCACUAGCCGUUGGGUGUAGGGUUCAUCAUCAUCAUGACGGCGAUCCUUGGCUUCUUAUUUACUGGAAACCUGAAACUGAUCUGUUAUUUGACCCCUUGUCAUGGGAAGAAGGCUGCUCCCCAAGACUAGAGGAACGCUGCCCCCCAGAAACCUGUCUGACUUACUAUUUAGUGUGUUUAUUCCUAAAAGGGUGUGCUUGAGCUUCACUUCUAUUGGUUUAUGUAACACUGCACCUGACAGGUUGGGUUGGCUGAAAUAUUUAAGAUGUCAGAAAGCCACUUAGAGCCUCAGCGACAAUCUUUCAUAUCUGCUAAAUGCCCCAGAGGUUUUUUUUUCCCUUUUUUUGAAUAUUUGCCCUGUUUUGGGUGUAGCCAGAGGUCAUGCCACCCCUUUUUUUUUUUGAAGUGGUGUAAAUAAUGUUUCUCCUCCUGUGGUUUCUUUACCUGUAACCAUGCACUGCCCAUUUGUUUCCUUCAUUUGUAUUAUUAUUUUUGGACAAUGGUACCAGAUUGCUAGUAAUAUAUACAAAGCUUAUUUAAACCAUUUCAAUAAAACUCUAUAUUACAGA